AAUUCGUGCACAAAAAUAAUCAAAUAAUUCAUUACUACUUCAAUUUGUGGAAAAAUGUUACGUUCUAUACUCUUUUUAUUCGCCACGUUCGCGCUACUUGCCUUCGCUCGUUACAAAGCCUACUAUGAGUUAGAACCUUACCAGGUAUCGGUGCAGUUAUAUGGCGGUCAUUUCUGUAGUGGUUCCCUAAUUGGACAAAAACUGGUAUUGACUGCUGCACACUGUCUGAACCAGGACAAACUCGAAGAUUACACUGUACAGUAUGGUGUUGAGGAAGUUAGCAGUUCAGCGAAUAUAGUCAAAGUGGCAAAGAUCAUUAUUCAUGAGAAAUUCGACAAGAUUACAGAUGAUUAUGAUAUUGCUUUAAUCAUACUCGCAUCGCCAAUACAACUUAGUUCGAAAGCGCAAAUUAUUCCGUUAGCUGAAAAAAAUCCUCAAACAGGUCAAAAUGCGCUUGUCACUGGUUGGGCACCGGUGAGCAAAGAUGGACCUACAUUGAAUCAGCUACAAAGCGUGGACGUGCAGAUAAUUUCGAAAAAGGAUUGUAUAAGUCAAUAUAAGAAUAGAGAUAAAAUCACAGAUCGUAUGAUUUGUGGCGGUGUGCGGAGUGGUAGUAGAGGUACUUGUGGCGGCGACGCUGGUGGUCCGCUGGCAUACAAUGGCACACUGGUUGGUGUUGUUUCAUGGGGCGUUGGCUGCGGAGAGCAUGGCUUUCCCGGUGUUUACGCCAGUGUGGCGAAGUUGAGGAAUUGGAUCAAUGAACAGACGAAAAAUAUUUAGUAAGUAAAUAAAUAUAAAAAUUUAAACAAAUUAAUAUAAUAUAAAAAACGAAAUAAAAACUGGAAAACGAAUAAUGAUAAUUUUGA